AGGCCGUGUUAAUAGAACGCUGCACCGGCUGGCUCCCGGUCGUAGGGGCAUAUUUUCUUGAGUCGGUACCCAGCUAAGAGUUCUCAGCUCAGCUAAGAGUUCCUAGGACCCAGCCCGGCCCCGCCCGCAGAGAGGCGGACUCCGGGUGGGUGGGGCGCGGGGCUUCCCGAGGAGGGGCUUCUUUGGAAGGACACGUAGAAAGGAGUUCCCAAGGGCGAGAAGCAAGCCAAGGGCCCCGGCCGCUUCUCAAACGUUAUCUGGCCUUCUCGACCUCUAGCCCGGCAGGCCUGUUUGACUUCUCCCAUUUGUCCAGUCGUAGUGAGUGUGAGGGAGCUUCCUCCCUCCUCCAGGUUUUCAAUGUCCCGCAGGAGGCAAGAUGGCGGCUGGGCCAAAUGGGCUUGAGGAGUGGGUGGGCAGUGCCUACCUAUUUGUGGAGUCCUCGCUGGACAAGGUGGUCUUGUCGGAUGCCUACGCUCACCCGCAGCAGAAAGUGGCGGUGUAUAGGGCUCUCCGGACUGCCCUGGCAGAGAGUGGCGGGAGCCCCGACGUGCUGCAGAUGCUCAAGAUCCACCGCAGCGAUCCGCAGCUGAUCGUGCAGUUGCGUUUCAGCGGGCGCCAGGCCUGCGGCCGCUUCCUCCGCACCUACCGCGAGGGGGCGCUGCGCGCCGCGCUGCAAGGGUGCUUGGCGGCGGAGCUGACCCUGCACUCCAUGCCGCUGCAACUGGAGUUGCGCGCCGGCGCGGAGCAGCUAGAUGCCUUGCUGACCGACGAGGAGCGCUGUUUGAAUUGCAUCUUCGCCCAGAAGCCCGACCGGCUCCGGGAUGAGGAACUAACAGAGUUGGAGGAUGCGCUCAGGAAUCUGACGUGCGGCUCGGGGGGCCAAGGGGGCGACGUGGAGGGCGCUCCGGCCCCCUCGCAGUCUCUGGCACCCUCUCCGUCGGAGGAGAAGCCACCACCGCCGCCGCCGCCGUCUGGCCAGACUUUUCUGUUCCAGGGUCAGCCCGUAGUGAACCGGCCGCUGAGCCUGCAGGACCAACAGACGUUCGCGCGCUCAGUGGGCCUCAAGUGGCGCAAGGUGGGGCGCUCCUUGCAGCGCGGCUGUCGUGCAUUGAGGGACCCGGCGCUUGACUCACUGGCCUAUGAAUACGAGCGUGAAGGGCUGUAUGAGCAGGCCUUCCAGCUGCUGCGGCGCUUCGUGCAGGCCGAGGGCCGCCGCGCCACGCUGCAGCGCCUGGUGGAGGCGCUCGAGGAGAACGAGCUCACCAGCCUGGCAGAGGACUUGCUGGGCCUCACGAAUCCCCAUGGCGGCCUGGCCUAACCUGGGUACCAGAGAAAGGGGCGGUCGGCCAGUUGCCCAGCCAGGGUUUGGAGCACCUGGAUGACUGUAGGGUCCCUUCUGCUGCUACUGCUGACCUCCUGUCCACCCACGGGACUCUGAGGCCACACUUAAAACCAGAGAUGACUGCCCUCUCCAGGAGUCGGACAAGCACCCACAAUGUCUGCUGGGGUGCCACUGGGGGUUCUGUUCUAGAUACUAGGAUAGAGAGAGCAUAUGGGGGACCUGCUGCAAGAGGUCUGCCUCACCUUUUCCCACCGCAGAAGAGGGGCUUUCAGCCAGACCUUACCUCUUCAUUCAUAGAACAAUUUAUUACUAUUCAUUAAUUCAAUAUAAUUCAUUAAGGACCUGCUGUAUCCUAGGCAUCAUCCUGGGUGCUGCAAAUACUGUGGUGAACAAAACACAUGAAUCCUGCCUGUCCCCAGUUCACACUCAGUCUGGGACUCUGAAUAUUAAGAAACAGUAAUAAAAUACUACCAGUUUUUUGAUGUGAAAAAUACAAGGAGUUCUGGGAGCAACUGAGCAGGGGCCUAACCCAGGUUAGGGGUUAGGCUUCCUGGGAGAGAAAUGAGUGUGAAUGUUGUGGGCGGUGGAAUGAGAGAAGUGCAAUAUUCUGGGCAUGGUCAGCCUCAGGUGAGGUCUUGAGGAAGGUGAGAGGAAGGGAUUUAGAACAGAAGGUUUAGAGUGGCUGGAUCUAGGGGUGGGUGGAUUUGCAGAGACCCAUUGUUGAGUGGGGGAGGCAGAUAGCAUGGGGUCAGGUAAGCCAGUUUACAGAGUUUGGAUUUUAUCUGGAGGCUAGUGAGAGGCCUUUAAAGGGUUUUGGC